AUGGCGACAAGCUCGUGUAGCGCCAGGGGUUUUCGAGAUGUACGUUACAACGAGCUAUACGAGGGAUAUAAUGACUACGACGAGCAGAUCAGGUUCCUCACGGCUAGGCCACAGAGGGGAGGGAAGGCUUUGUCACCACCGGACUUCUUCAAUUUGGAUCAUACGAGGACUCCAACCCCACAGAAUGCACUAUACUAUAGACCACCUAGUGUUGGAAGAGCACGGUCAAUUUCUAGCUCUUCCCUUACAGCGUUUGACAGACCCAUGACGGCUGUAAGGGCAGCUGGCUAUACCUCCAGAGGUACCAAGUUCGAUCCUUUGAAUCAAGGUGCACGUUUAACAAACGCGCAGAAAAGGGACGAACUCAAUCCUGAAUAUCAGGUUCGCGAGCUGGAGAGUCAGGUCAAUCAGAUGCUGGAGGAAAGUGCCACUGCCAGCUUUCUGGGUCAAUAUGCCACUGCUCUGGAGAAAGCUAAAGAAGCUGGAAAACGCGAAAGGAUGCUCUGCAAACAUCGAGAGCAGACGGGCUUGGCUGAUCAAGUGAAUACCGAGCUGACUUUCGCUGUCUGUUUUAAUCUAGGAUAUCAAUAUGAAAUGAAUCGUUUACACUCGGAAGCGUUGAAUACCUAUUCACAAAUCGUGAAGAGCAAGCAAUUUCCACAGGGUGGAAGAUUAAGAGUAAAUAUGGGGAACAUUUACUAUGAACAAGAGAAAUAUGCACUUGCAGUAAAAAUGUAUCGCAUGGCCCUUGAUCAGACUCCCAAUUCGUACAAAGAUACGCGAUACAAGAUCAUGCGCAAUAUUGGCAUCUCUUUGAUGCGGACUGGCCACUACCAGGAUGCUGUUCAGUCAUUUGAAUCAUUGAUAGACAUCACGGUCGACCAUCACGCGGCUUACAAUCUUCUAGUUUCCCAUUAUGUUUUGGGAAAUUGUUCCAAAAUGAGAAGCUGCUUUACAAAAAUGCUCUUAGUGAAACACUAUGAUCCAGAGCGUGACGAUGACAUUGAGCCCGAUCAUACGGCCGUGUUUCGGAGGGACGAGUUGCGGCAGGAGCUACAUGCAAGACAAAAUCAGGCAAACAGGCUCAUACUAACAUCUGCGAGAAUUAUUGCUCCUGUUGUUGGAAAUUCUUUGGUAGAGGGUUAUGAUUGGGUCAUCGAGUUGCUACAAGACCAGCAAUAUGUGACCCUUGCACACGAAAUGGAAAUGGAUAAAGCCCUUCAACACCUACAUCAAAGAGACUUUCAACAAGCCAUAGCAUUGCUAAAAGAAUUCGAACGAAAAGAAAGAGAUUUGCAAGCACGAGCAGCAACAAAUCUGUCUUUCUUAUAUUUCUUGGAGGGUGAUCUGGCAAACGCGGAGAAACACGCGGAGCUUGCUGUUUUAAAUAAUCGGUUCAACGCUUGCGCCCUAGUCAACCAAGGAAACUGUUACUUUAUGAGGGGCGAUCCUGAGCGCGCAAAGCAAGUCUAUAAAGGCGCUGCAGACGUGGACCCUGAUUGCGUGGAGGCACUUUAUAACCUGGGCCUUGCAUAUAAGAAACUAAAUUCUUUUGAGGAAGCAUUGAGCGUAUUCAAGAAAAUAAGUUACGUUCUUCCGAAUAAUACCGAAGUAUUGUUUCAGAUUGGACAAGUGAGUGACGUUAUGGGAAACUCUCGACAAGCAAUAAAGUGGCUAGAGCUCUUGGUCUCGAAAGUGAUGCAUGAUGCAGGCCUUCUAGCUAUGCUGGGAAACCUCUACGUGCGCUGUGAAGAUGAUGCAAAGGCUCUUCACUACUUCAGCGAGUCGCACAGAGUGUGUCCAACGGAUGUGGUUGUCACUGCGUGGUUGGGGUCUUUUUAUCUGCAGAACGAGUUGUACGAGAAAGCAAUGCCUUUCUUCCAACUAGCGUCACGGAUUCAUCCUGAAGAGGUGAAGUGGAAGCUAAAGGUGGCGCUGUGCUUACGACGAACGGGUUCAUUUUCAAAGGCACUUCACAAAUACAAGCAAAUUCUUAGCGCACACCCAGACAAUGCAGAGUGCUUGCGCUGUUUGGUGCACCUUUGCACAAGUCUUGGCAGGAAAAUGGAAGUCCAGGCUUAUGAGAGCAAACUGUGGAAGGUGGAUCAGGAUCAUCAGAGGCAGACGGGCAGCACCAUGGCUUGUUUUGGGCAACGCCCACGACGAGUUGGGUACGACAGUGUCAAGUCCUCUGGAAAAGCCAGGGACGAAGAUUGGGAGCUUACGGAUGACUUACUCCCGAUCUGAAACAUGCUGAACAAGAGAUUUGUCAGUGGCAUGUCGAGG